GCCCAAGUUAUUUACGGAGUCUUAACCUAGCCGCUUCAAACCAACCAAUAUAUAAUCCUACAUAUCUAAUGCGCCGCUUUAUGAAUCCGUACAGUCCAAGAGCUCGUAGGUUACAAUCUGCCACUGUUUCCAGAACACUCCUUUCUCUCGUCCGUCGUUUCUCAAUAUGCCACCGUCUGGAUCUUCUUCCUUAUCUUACCAUUCAAUCGACCUUUUCAGGCGUCAUGUAUAGCGUGCGGUUACAACAGUUUGGAAUCCAUUGCUGGUCCGACCUUUUCAAUUAAACGCUUACGCGUUUGCCUCUCUGUCGGUAUUUGGAAUAACUCACCAAGAUUGUCUUUUACCUAUUAUGUACCUGUUAUUGGUAUGGGUAUGCAUUAAACCUCAGGUUUUCUCCAGCUGAUACCAAUUUAGUUCUGCCAGAGUUUGAAAAGUGUGGUCUAAUCUUAAGACACAUUCCAAUCCACAGGUGUUUGUGUUAUGGGGUGCAAGAGUGGUGAUUUGGUUUAUCUUUCUUUGCCAAUAAUUAGUGAUUGAGGAUGCUAAGAAAAAUCUCUGGUUGUAAUCUCUCACUCUCUGUUUAUGCAUAACAAAGAAUCAAACCCCAGACAUUUGCGUGUGACAAGGAACUUGGAUAAUGGCGGCUAAGCGUAAUACUCGUUACAACCGGCUUGCUGCGGAUGAGGAUGAUGAAUAUUAUGGGAGUGGGUCAAGACAUGCUGACCGUCGAUUUGAAUAUUCGCCAAAGUCUCUAGAUCGAGUCCCAUGGAAAUCACUUGCCCUUGCAUUUUUCCUGCUCUCACUUGGAUGCCUUCUUCUCCUGCUCUCACUCUUUAUCCUGACUGGUCAUAUGGCAGGAGAUCAGUCCCAGGCAUAUGGUCUAUUAGGACUCGGGAUUUUAACCUUUCUCCCAGGUUUUUAUGAAACACGCAUUGCGUAUUAUUCUUGGAGAGGUGCUCAAGGUUAUCGAUUUGCUUAUAUUCCCGACUACUGACCGGGUUACUAUGUUUAUAUGACCUUUGGUUUGCUGUACUCAUCUUCUUUACGCAUGUGUAUAUCAAAAUAUGCCAUCAUCGUGCUCCAACUCCCACUUCUCUCGUCCUUUGAACUAAACUUGUUGUACUGCUUCAUGCUUGCUCCCUGGUAGAGUCCUGAUGUAGGCGAAGAAAAUGUGGGUUGGUAUGCUUCCAUGUCGAAUAGCUUUGGCACUUCAAGAUCUGUGACUCUGUGAGAGUUUGUAUGAAAACCGAGUGAUUGGACAAAAUAGUUGAAAGAGAUGGGAUUAGUUGUUGAAAACAUAGAGGAAAGUCACUAAGAAAUGAAUCUUCAACUUCUUGAAGAAAAAUACCCCUUUCAUCCGGACUACUUCCUCUUUCCUUUCAAAAUGAAGUUCUCAUCUUUAUGAAAAGAUUCUUUUUAAAAAGUUAUGAAACUAUUCUUACCUUUUAUCUAUUCUUUUGCUUCAUAUGUUAUUGUAUGAUGCCCCCAGUUCGCCACUAAUCUCUUUAAUUGAGACUCCUUUAACUGUACACAUUCAAACAACAGAAAAAUCCAUCCCAUUACCUUCUCCUUUGAAUCAGUCGGUUUCUCUCCUAUGUCAGCUUUUAAUGAAAAUAUUGUAACAAAUACGUAUCAGAAUAUGCAAUAAGUGCACUUGUAGAGCACAUAAGUACAUAACAGUACAUAAUAACAUGUGCAGAAGUUCAAAAAAUAGCAAACUUUUUUUACACUUAAGAGUGCACUUCUAUUCAUUAUCUAUCCACUUUAUA